AUGGCUAAUGCGGUAAUCGAUACAACACUGUCAUCAUCGACAAGUGAAAUAAUUAAUCAACAACUGGGAAACAAAGAACCAAAUGCAAUUUAUCAUGAUCUGAUUGCCCGUGGCCAGGCAGUGUCAUCAAAGCAUGUGUUUAAUUCGGUUACAUUAUCCAAAUUACAUUCACCCUCUAUUACAUUACCAAGAAAUCUUGGAGUUUAUUCAUCAUCAAUAAAACCCUAUCCAUUGACACUAAUUUCCAUUCAACCAUUUGCUUGUAUAGACGGUUCAUUCCUGCGAUAA